UGUCCCCUAUGUGUGCUAAACCCUAAUCACGUGACAAGAAUGAAUAUGACCCAGCAGCAAUUGAAUUCGUUCCUGGAUUGAAGUUCAACUUCAUACAGCUUCGCCGCUGAAUCUCUCCUACCCGGCUUCCUAAAGGAGGAGGACGGUAAGGCAUAAAGAAGCAGCAGCUCUUGGUAGCCCGUCCUGUGUAUAAUGGCCAGCCUCCUGCGAGUGGUGGUCAGCAGCUGCUCGAGCCCAGUCUUCAGCAGGCUGUCUGUGAAGGUGCAGACGGUGAAGACUCCAUCUUCGCGGUUAUUCCGAACUCACCAGGCCCUCCGGUGCCAGAGCACUGUUAAUCCAGGCAUUCCUUAUAAGCAGCUAACAGUUGGGGUCCCCAAGGAGAUCUUUCAGAAUGAGAAGCGAGUGGCCCUGUCCCCGGUUGGGGUGCAGGCUCUCAUUAAGCAGGGAUUCAAUGUGGUGGUGGAAUCAGGUGCAGGAGAAUCCUCCAAAUUCUCAGAUGAACAUUACAUUCAAGCCGGGGCCACCAUCAAAGGGACCAAGGAUGUUCUGGCUUCCGACCUGGUAGUCAAGGUGAGGGCUCCUGUCUUCAACCCUGAACUUGGUGCCCAUGAGGUUGACCUUCUGAAGGAGUCUGCCACCCUGGUCAGCUUCAUCUACCCUGCACAGAACCCAGAGCUCAUUGAUAAACUUUCACAGCGCAAGACCAAUGUGCUAGCAAUGGAUCAAGUACCCAGAGUCACCAUCGCACAGGGAUAUGAUGCCCUCAGCUCUAUGGCCAACAUUGCAGGUUACAAAGCUGUUAUUUUGGCAGCUAAUCACUUUGGACGCUUUUUCACCGGUCAGAUUACAGCAGCUGGCAAAGUUCCCCCUGCUAAGGUUCUUAUUAUUGGAGGUGGUGUUGCUGGUUUGGCUUCAGCUGGUGCUGCCAAAGCCAUGGGUGCAAUUGUGAGAGGAUUCGAUACCAGAGCUGAUGCUUUGGAGCAGUUCAAGUCCCUGGGUGCAGAGCCACUGGCGGUGGAUAUAAAGGAGUCUGGGGAAGGUCAAGGGGGCUACGCUAAAGUAAUGUCCAAGGAGUUUAUUGAGGCAGAGAUGAAACUGUUUGCCAAACAAUGUCAGGAGGUGGACAUUGUAAUCAGCACAGCCCUCAUCCCAGGCAAGAAAGCCCCAAUUCUGUUCACUAGAGAGAUGAUCGAGAGUAUGAAGGACGGGUCAGUUGUGGUUGAUUUGGCUGCUGAGGCUGGAGGGAACUUUGAGACCACUGUACCUGGGGAGCUGACUGUGCACAAGGGGGUGACUCACAUUGGUUACACAGACCUCCCAAGUAGGAUGUCCUCUCAGGCCAGCGCUCUGUAUUCCAACAACAUCAUCAAGCUGCUGAGGGCGAUCAGCCCUGACAAGGACCAUUUCUACUACAACGUGAAGGAUGAAUUUGAUUUCGGUACCAUGGACCAUGUUGUUCGGGGUACAGUGGUAAUGAAGGAUGGGAAGUUCAUCUUCCCGGCUCCCCCUCCAAACAAUAUUCCUGUGGCUGCACCAGUGAAGCAGAAGUCUGUUCAAGAGCUGGCGGCUGAAAAGAAGGCCGCUGUUUCUCCUUUUGCACAGACCUUGACAAGUGCUGGCGUUUACACUGGAGGUAUUGCUACUUUAAUAGGAUUGGGCCUUGCUGCUCCUACUGCUGCCUUCACUCAAAUGGUGACAACCUUUGGUUUAGCUGGAAUUGUGGGCUACCACACAGUCUGGGGCGUCACUCCGGCCCUUCACUCUCCACUCAUGUCUGUUACCAAUGCCAUCUCGGGUUUGACAGCAGUUGGUGGGUUGUCUCUGAUGGGAGGGGGCCUGGCCCCCACUGCUACUGCAGAGGUACUGGCUGCAUUGGCAGCCUUCAUCUCCUCGGUCAACAUAGCCGGUGGCUUUCUUGUCACCAAGAAAAUGUUGGAUAUGUUCAGGCGUCCCACUGACCCCCCUGAGCACCACUACCUCUACCUCCUGCCUGCUGGGGUUUUCGUGGGAGGAUAUGCUGCUGCACUCAAUUGUGGUUACAAAAUUGAGGAGAUGAUGUACCUAGGCUCUGGCUUGUGCUGUGUAGGAGCCCUGGCUGGCCUCUCCACCCAGAAGACGUCCCGACUCGGCAAUGCCCUGGGCAUGAUGGGCGUUGCUGGUGGUCUGGCAGCCACCCUUGGAGCUCUGAAGCCUUCUCCUGAACUCCUGGCUCAGAUGAGUGGCGCCAUGGCAGUUGGUGGCACUUUGGGAUUGACUAUUGCAAAGCGAAUCCAGAUCUCGGACCUGCCUCAGCUGGUCGCUGCCUUCCACAGCUUGGUAGGGCUGGCUGCAGUCCUGACCUGCGUGGCAGAGUACAUGGUGGAAUACCCACAUUUCGCCACUGACCCGGCUGCCAACCUUACCAAAAUCGUGGCCUACUUGGGUACCUACAUCGGAGGAGUGACCUUCAGCGGCUCCCUCAUCGCUUAUGGGAAACUCCAGGGUGUCCUGAAUUCAUCACCUCUGAUGCUUCCCGGGCGUCACUUCUUGAAUGCUGGGCUGAUGGCAGCUAGUGUGGGUGGAAUGAUCCCUUACAUGAUGGAUCCCAGCUACACCACUGGUAUCACCUGCCUGGGCUCUGUGUCUGCACUGUCUGCCAUCAUGGGUGUUACUCUGACUGCGGCAAUUGGGGGUGCUGACAUGCCCGUGGUGAUCACAGUGUUGAACAGCUACUCGGGCUGGGCUCUGUGUGCAGAGGGAUUCCUGCUCAAUAACAACCUGCUCACCAUCGUCGGGGCCCUAAUCGGGUCUUCCGGAGCCAUCCUCUCCUACAUCAUGUGUGUGGCUAUGAACCGCUCUCUGGCUAAUGUAAUUCUUGGUGGCUACGGUACCUCUUCCACUGGCACUGGCAAGCCCAUGGAAAUCACUGGAACUCACACAGAGAUCAAUCUGGAUCAAACUGUUGAGAUGAUCAAAGAGGCCAACAACAUCAUCAUCACUCCAGGUUAUGGUCUGUGUGCAGCAAAAGCUCAGUACCCCAUCGCUGAAUUGGUAAAGAUGCUCCAAGAACAGGGCAAGAAAGUCCGGUUUGGGAUCCACCCAGUAGCCGGCCGAAUGCCUGGUCAGCUGAAUGUGCUGCUGGCUGAAGCUGGAGUUCCUUAUGACAUAGUGCUGGAAAUGGAUGAAAUCAAUGAAGACUUCCCAGAAACUGACCUGGUUAUGGUUAUUGGUGCAAAUGAUACUGUGAACUCAGCGGCCCAAGAGGACCCGAACUCCAUCAUUGCUGGAAUGCCGGUUCUGGAAGUCUGGAAGUCGAAACAGAUCAUUAUAAUGAAGAGGUCCCUGGGAGUAGGCUAUGCAGCUGUGGACAAUCCUAUCUUCUACAAGCCCAAUGCUGCAAUGCUGCUGGGUGACGCCAAGAAGACCUGCGAUGCUCUGCAGUCAAAAGUCCGGGAGUCGUAUCAGUGAAGAGGCAGAUAAACAGUCUGCAGCAAACGGCAGACAAAUCUCCUAAUUACCGAAAAUAUACAAUACAGACAGAUCUUGUAAUCAAAGGAUGGGUCCCCACAAAGGAUGGUUCCACACAUUAUGUUGGUGUCUUCCCAAUAGCUUUUAUUAGUAGUAGAUGAAAUGAAAUGUCGGACUGUCCAAUUUUAGUAUAAUGUGUGCAGUUUCCAGUGUGUUUUUUAAAUUGGAAUAUAAGAUUUUUCACAAACUGAAACUCCAUAUUUCUUAAGGUUGAAAAUGAUUCAAGAACGUUUUAUAUUAUUUAAUCCACCAGUAAAAUAUUUUUUUGAAAUAGAUUUCUGGACAGAUGACUUGCUUCUGUAGUGUAAGGGAUUCCAACGGAAAUAUUGAAUAAUUCUAGAGUUUGGUCUAUUUUCAAAUGUUGUAGGUUUUAGUUUCCAAAUCACCAUAAUGUAUUACAUGUAAUCAGAAUACAAGGGGAUUUGAUUUUUAUUUUUUUUACCAAAAAAAAAAUCACUAUUUUUCCUGACUUAAUUGUUAUUAUAAAGAAAACUCAAGAUUGCUGUGUUUUUUUUAUUUUAGUAUAUAUAGCUUUAGAUACUUUUGUAGUUUGCACCCGACAAAUGGAUGGUUUCGUCAGGAAACCUUUGUAUUGUUUUCAGUAUUGCUUUACUUAACAGCAGGAUGAAUUUUAAAAUUAAGUUGGUGAAACUGGCAUACAGUAAGCAAAAAAAUUCUACACAGUACAAUUAUAUAUCAAUUAAGAAGGCUCCAUAAAAGUGAAUGUAAAAUUCGGUAGUUUCUAACAUAUGGAAAUAUUUACUGAUUGUCUUUUUUAAAAAAAAAUUAUUGCAUCUUCUCUUACAAGCUUAAGUGAUACACUGGUACCAGUAGCCACAUACCCCAGUACUGUUGUGUUUUUCCAGCUAGUAUUAACUUAAAAAAAAUAAAUAACAAAUAAUUAAACUGGUGCAGCUUAGAAACCAGUCCAGUGGUGAAGCAUAUAAAUAUUGUAACAAUUAUUUAGUAUUAGAUAUACAGCUCAAUGGCCAUUGUAUCAAAUAUUAGUAACUCAGCACUUCAAUUGCAAAGCAUUAAAUGUUACCAAUUCAACACUUAAAUUGUAAACAGCUUUUAUUUCUUUUGUAACUUCUGUUUGUUUCCACUAUUGCUGGCACAAUCGGAUAUACCUUUUAACUCAUGCUUAAUAUAAAAAUAGCUUUAUAAAAAAUACAAUUAGUCUUGUAAUUUGGGAAUUCCUCUUGGGGAAUUAAAUGUUAAACUUCUAGGUCGUCUGUAAACUGACAGCAUCUUGACUUUAUUUAUAUAACUACCUUAAUGUGAUUAUAUGGGACUUGAUGUCAUGUAUUACAUUCAAGUACAGUUAGAAACAUUACCAUCACAACUUCCCUACCUCCAAAUCUGGUAACCAGACCAACUCGCACUAACUCCUACAGAUUUUGUGCAUACACUUGCUUGACUUGAAACAGAAUAGGAUAUUUUUGCUUGUGUAGAACACAAAGUGCUACUUAUUGGGAUGUCAAGGGUGCCAGAGAGCUAUUAUUCACUUUCAGAAACGGAGUGGCUGUGUUGGUUAAAAGGUGUCCUAUUUUUGUGCACCAUUGCAAAAAAAGUUUGGGAACAGUUGACGGCGUAGUUUACAAAGUAUUUAAAAAAGUUGCCCCUUCAAUUCCAGUAAAGGGAAGGGUCAAUAACUAAAAGGAACAAUGAAUUACUUGGGUAGGUGUAGUAUUUAGGUCUUACUGGCUGCAGUCAGUUUUCUAGUAUUUUCUUUUCUUCAUUUUCUGUGUCCGUUUUUAUUUAGAUUGUAAAUUCUUUUAAUACCAGCUCUGUAAACAUUUUGGAAGAAAAAAAAGACAUUAAAAUGAUGAAUUCAGCAUGCUGUGGAGAGUGUUGAACUGAUAUUAAUCUUCAGGCUGUGUUGUAUCAUGGAACAUCACAAACCUAAUAAAUGACCUGACAAGAA